UAGUGGUCGUGCUUAUUAGUCUUUCUGGCUCUUUUUGUAUUUUUAAAUUAGACUUGCAUAAUUAUGUUUGUUUCAUGUGUAAAAGUUUUCACUGGAAGAGCAGGGAAGGGGGAGUGCUGCAUGUGUGAGAGGACAGAGGGAGAGGGAGCUGGGCUGGGUGAAAAAAAACUAUACGGGCUGUGGGACUCAAGGCGACUAUAAAACAGCUUUCUUGCCCGUUGUGUUGAUGUAGUCAAGAAAUAUACCGUAACGUACAGACAGAGACGGAGAUGGAGGAGUGAGGCGGGACCGGUUUGGGUGGCUGCUAAGAAACGUUUGCCUUGCGGUUUGCGAGCAAACUUUGUGAGGAGAUUUAUUUGUGGCGGGGUCUGCCGAUGACAAUCCUCUGAAACUUUUAACUCUCGUGUUUGAGACGCAUAAACAAGACUUUUAUUAUUUUAAUUCUCGUUAAGAGAAACGGCAGUUCAGAAAUUAGUUUUGCGAGUCGUAUAUCUGUCCUCUAGUCACAGUUUGAACAUUAGCGGGACAGUAUUAGAAGAGGUAUUUUGCUGACUAGGGUCUCCAUAUAGUUGACAAUGGGAGCGGGUGACGGGCGCUCGGUGUCUGCGGUUCACCGGAGCUCUUUCCUCCUGGGGACGCUGCUGCUGAUACUGUGGCUGACAUGCGUUCAGGGGACGUGGGGACCCGGAGUUUACAAAUACCAGACCGGGACAGCACUCCACAAAGAUCAGUCAAAGAGGAACUGGUGUCCGCAGACAGUGACUAAGACAGUGACCUGUCAGGUGCAGAAUGGCACCACUCUCCAGAGGGUCUAUCAGACCUGCAGGUGGCCUCAGGGAUGCAAUGGAGGAAGCUAUCGCACUGUGGUCCGGCCAUCCUAUAAAGUCGUGUACCGCACUAUCACCUCUCUAGAAUGGAAAUGUUGUCCUGGAUACAGCGGACCUCAGUGUGAGGAAGGAUCAUCAAGUAACCUGGUUGCCCAGGACGCUGUAAGAAAACAGGCUACACUUCUGAAACCUGCUUCUAAAACAGGAGAACAUAUCUCAAACUGUCUGAAUUGCAGUCGUAUCACUGCCCUCACAGAUCGUGUGAGCUCUCUGGAGGCCAAGGUUCAGCUUCUUACCGCUCCGGCCUCCACCUCUCAUCGACAGACGCAGUUAAAAAAUGAACCUGACUCCUCCUUGUUGAUGGGGGCUCCACCUGCCAAAGGUUCUCCUGGGGCUCAGGGUCCCGCAGGUCCACAGGGCGAGAGAGGCCGGGAUGGCUUACCCGGUAAAGAAGGUAAACCAGGGUCUCGAGGUCUGCCAGGACCCAAAGGUGAUGCGGGCAGCAGAGGUCCAUCUGGGGCUCCAGGGUCUAAAGGAACAGCUGGUCCUCCAGGUCCUCAGGGACCACCGGGCCUCCCAGGAGAGAGGGGCCUCCCUGGGCCACCCGGACCACCAGCCCCUGUACCUGAACAAGAUGGCCUGAAAAAAGACAGUCUGCUUCAUAACAACUUCCCCGACCUCCGAGUGACCCCUUCAAAUGGACCACCAGGUCCGCCUGGACCCACCGGUUCUCCAGGACCGAUAGGACCCAGUGGACCACCAGGCCCUAUGGGACAAACUGGAAAGCCAGGAGCUCCUGGUUUGCAAGGCCCUGUGGGGCCAAAAGGCGAACGAGGCGAAAGAGGACCUCUUGGAUAUCCAGGAGAGAGAGGGUUCAAAGGAGAGCCGGGAGCACCAGGACCUAAAGGAGAGCCAGGGGAGAAAGGUCUUCCGAGCGAAUUGAACGGGGAUGGGAUACACCAAAUCCGCGAGGCCCUGAAGAUCUUAGCCGAGAGGGUUUUAAUCCUCGAGACUAUGAUCGGUAUCCAUGAACCAGAUCUAGGGUCAGGAGAUGGCCUCUUUGGCACACCGUCUCCAGAUGUCUACCGAAUUAAGAGGGCAAGAAUGUCAUCUUUCCGAGUCAAUUCUCCCUUAAUCACUGCUGAGACCAAGGUUCGAGGGAAGUAGUCUGCAUAUUCCAAAGAGCGAAGCCAUCGUUUCCAUCUCAAUUUCAUCAUCAAUAAAUCAGCUGAACUGGCAACAACUACACAAGUCUCCUGAGACACACACACACACACACACAUUCUACAGUUCCAACCGCUUUGGAAUAUUCCAGUUAGUCAAGAAGGGGGAGACACCUCAGGGAAGACCAAAUGGUGCUGUAUAAAUUAACCACCUCUAAUGGGACUCACAGGUUCCUAGCACCUCUCCUCUGGCAAAUUAUUGUGGUUUGCCAUCAUGUUGUGUCACUCUUAUGACAUAACCAAAUGAACAGAAUUAGUCUCAAAAACAAUUAAUCAAUUCGUCGUUUCACCUGAAAAAGGAAACAUGUUUUAAAAUAGGAUACACAGAAACAGUAUUGGUGCUUGUGUAAUUGUUUAACAAAAUUGUGGGCAAAGAAGGGUACAAAAUGUGAUGGAGAUGAAGAACGUUUUUUUAGGAGAGCAUCAAACCAUAUUAUUAGUCUUUCCAGCUGCUGUUAGGAGCUCAUAGUAACUUCAGCAAAUGUACUGUAUGACAAAAUGCACAUAACAAUUCUGCUAUUCAGCCAAACUCCACACUUUCCCCAAUGAGAAAAACUGAUUUCAUAUUCCGUUCCUUGGAUUAAAUGCACUAUGUAGAUAGAGAAUCACCUUGUUUUUGUUUUUUUUUUAAAGAGGAAGGACAACUGUAAACAUGUAUAAACUUUAAUAGACAGUUCUGUGGUAAUAGGCUUUGGGCUUGGGUUUCCUCUCCCUUUUCAAACGGACUAAAGCUGUAACUAGAUUUGAAUUGGUGAAAGCAAAUUGUUUCAAUGUUUUUUCUUUCUUUUGUUAAAACAUGCCUUUGAGCAUGAUUUUAAGUGGUUCUGAAUACAAUUUUUGGAUUCUCCUCUAUUGUCUCUAGUUCAGCACAAUUAUUAAGUAACCCUAAAAUAAAUAAAAUAAAAAUGUGCAAUUGUGUGAGCUAGAGGAGACCACACAAAAUCCAACUGGAGCACAAGGGGAAGCGGGAAACUACUCGUAUAACUUGAAUUCUGUUUUUGUGUUUCAUGCAUGUCUUUCCAUCACAGUUACAUGCAUAGGACUGGUUUCCUUCCUCAAUACCUUUCCAUGUCUUCGUAUUCCUAUAUAAAUAUUGUUGUAUUCAUUAUUUAUAGAUGACUAUUAGCAAUUGAUGUUUUCUCUACUCUGUAUACCAAUUCAUGUAUUUUUCCAUUUCUAGCCUCUUGUGUGAAUUUGUCUUGCCAGUGUGCAGAGUCUUACCAAUUGAUGUUAAAACGAAAUAAACUUUGUUGUGCGUUUCUAUUUUUAAGACAAUCCAUGGUUUUAUCAAUACUCAUACUACCUGAAUGUUUAAUUUGUGAUAUUUUAAUGAAGAUUCUGUAGCCAAGAAACCUCGACUAAAAUACUGACAUAUGCACAUGACUCUCCUGGCCUGACAGGCUGCUAAUGUGGAUUUAAUGAUAGCAUGUCCAUGGAGAAGUUUCUUGGAACGUCCCAUGUCUCAUCCACUGGGACAGUUUGGUUGCUGUUCAGAGCGUUUUUCCAUUCUUUCAACUUUUAUCAUAAAAGCUGCCAACACCAUAAUAUAAAUAUAUUAAUUUUUUGAUACACAUCCACAAGUCAUGAAGUAGUAAAUACACAGUAACAGUUCACCAGGAAGAUCGAUGCCUUGUUGAAGUAAUGGUUCACCAAAAAAUGAAAAUUUGCUUAAACCCUUAAGCUAUCCAAGAUAUAGCUGAAUUUCUUCUUCGGAACAGGUUUGGAGAAAU